CAAGCCACCUUUCUUUAGCUUUUUUCCUUUCCUUUGUCCAACUCUUGUCCCUUUGAACUCAUCCACAUCCCAACAGGUUAACACUUCUCUCCUUAUUCAUUCCUCAAUUCUCUUCUACAUUUCCCUUUAAUCUAAUUUCUUCUCUUCAAAGAAAACCAGACAGAGAGAAAACCAUUGUUUUCCCACUUUUUCUGUCAGCUUAAUUAUCCAAAGAAUCUCUUUUCAUUCCUUUUCCUCAAUUGGGUCUUUACCUUUGUCCACCAUCUUUCAUCAUCUUGCUCUUUAUUUCAUCAUGGCUUUCAAUAGUGUUUUCUUUCACUUUAUUAUAAUCCUUGUUGUGGUAUAAAUUCUAAGUUCCAAGCUUGGGUUGUUUACAGUUAUUCAGGAGUUCUGGUUGCUAUAUUGUUUUAUAUAUAUAACACUCUCUCUUUUAAUGCUUUGUACUUAAAAGCAAAAAAGAAGAAAAAACCAGCAGAUUUUUCUCCCUUGUUCUUUUUCUAGAUUCUCUUGAUUCUUUAAAAGAUUUAUCUUUAUAGAUUCUUCAGUUUAUGCUGUUAAGAAAAAGAUUGAUUCUUGAUUCCCAAGUAAAUGAUUCUGAUUUUAAUGCUCUUCUUAAGCAUCUAAACACUGUACUUUCUGCAACCAGUCUCUCUUCCUUGGUUUCAUAUUUCUUCCAUUUCCAAUAUGAACUUUUUUUGAAAUUGAAAAAGAUAGCUUUGUUUUUCCAGUAUUGUCAAGUAUGGAAACUUUGUUUGCAACUUCUUUUAUGUCGAAUUCGGAUUGGUUUGAUCAAGAGAGCAACUCCACAAGUUGGACUAAAGAAGAAAACAAAAUGUUUGAGAGUGCUUUAGCAAUAUAUGAUGACGAUGUUCCUGAUAGAUGGUUCAAAGUAGCAGCAAUGAUACCAGGAAAAACUGUUUCUGAUGUGAUGAAACAGUAUAGAGAGUUGGAAGAAGAUGUUUUCAAAAUAGAAGCAGGGCGAUUUCCUAUGCCAGGUUACUGUAGCUCAUCUUUUACACUAGAAUUGGUUGAUAACCGUGAUUUUGAUGCAUAUAGGAAGAGGUCUACAGGGGCUAGAGGUCCUGAUCAUGAGAGGAAGAAAGCGGUGCCAUGGACAGAAGAAGAGCACAGGCGGUUUUUGAUGGGACUUCUGAAGUACGGUAAAGGGGACUGGAGAAAUAUCUCCAGAAAUUUUGUGGUUUCCAAGACUCCAACUCAAGUGGCAAGCCAUGCUCAAAAAUACUAUCAGAGGCAGCUUUCAGGAGGGAAAGACAAGAGGAGACCAAGCAUCCAUGACAUUACGACUGUCAAUCUCACCAACACUACCUUUUCGGACAAUCAUAAGCCUCCUUCAGUAAAUCAUUCCAAUGUGCUUGCAUUGCAGCAAAAGCUGGCCAGCAUGCCAAAAGUAGGCAACAAUUGGAAUCACCCCAAUGAUGGAUCAGCCAUGGCUUUCAACUCAACUCAUGGGAACUGGUUUACAUCAUCCCAAUACCAGACUGCGUCAAACGGCCUGAGACUUCAGGGGCAAAAUCUGUAUGGCAGUGCUUACCAUGGAGCUCAUAUCAAACCCCAAAGCUCAGUGUUCUAAACCCUUACACAGGAUAUCACAUGCAUGGAUAAGGCAGUUGUUUUAUGUUGUACUCAACGUUUCAAUUGCAAAUCUAAUAAUGUAGAGAAGGGUUUUCCAAAAUGCUCUUUUAUCAUUGUCUUGUAUGACAGAUAAAAUGGUGUUGCUUAUUACACAAUGGUGGAAUCAUGUAUUGCCUACACACCAGUGUUCAAACCGUAAAGUAGAAAUUUAUCCUUAGAAAAAUGUCUUGGGCAACAAAUUCCUGUGCUAGAGGCAACUGCGACCCGGUUUACAUCAUGAAUGAAAAACGGCUGUUCAGAGUUUGAAUAAAUGAAAAACAUAUCAGACCCUUAUUAGUUUUGCAUUUGUUUGUCAGACAAACAUUUAUCUACAUGUUCUGGAUUUCUCCUUUAGCUUUGCUAAUUGUCCUAGCUUUUGUCAUUCUCCAUUCUGAUGCAGGCUAAAGACUUUUUGGAUGAUUAUGACACUUUGUCCAUAGCUGAACUGAACCCUGAGAGGCCAAGAACCAAAAGAAAAUGGCAUUACCGGAUGUGUACAAGGGAAAAGAUCAAUCAUUUGUUACUGAGAUAUUAAAAAAUUUUGCUGCAGUUGUCAAGGAGUGAUCUAAAGGAACCUUCUGCUACUUUUUACACCUACAAUAGUUUUCUGUAAUGGUUUUCGUACGCGCUGCCAUGUAAUUCGGUGAUGUGGCCUAAUUGGCUGACUCACUUGGCACUGCUUUGGAAAUUUCUCAGUAUCUGAUUGCUUACUUUUGCCAUAGGACCCUUUCCGCCAUUUUCACCUUUUUUGGAUCCAAUAUGGCCAAGUUGACCCGAGCUUGAUUGCCAUCACUUAGUCGAAGCUGAGUAUGCAUUCCACUUGAUUGAGCAUCACAUGCUUCAGUCUGUUAUAGAAUAUAGAAAGAUGCAAUAUGGUUUACAUUUUUA